AAUUUGUCCAUUUUAAUAAUUGAAGUGAAUUUAAUUUGAAACUCAAGGUUGGACAAUAAUAUGGAAACUCAAGGUCCCGAACAAGGUCAAAUAGUUGGACAAUAAUAUGGAAACUCAAGGUCCCGAACAAGGUCAAAAUUCUGUUAUGGACAAUGAGCCAUGAUAAAGUGUUGGGAAACGCUGAGCGCAAAAGGAGAGGCCUCACGGUCGAUGGAAAUUGCCUUGUGUGUAGCGGCCAAGAAGAGACAACUGAGCACAUGUUCAAGACCUGCACCAAGGCUACACAUGUCUGGAACAACAUUGGAGGUAAUGUGGAUACAAGCACUGGUGGUGGCGUCAAGAAUUGGAUCCACGGAAAUCUUUUGCAAAAGAGAAACAACAACAUUGAUGGUGACUAGGGUAUCAUUUUUGCCACUGCUUGCUGGUGGAUCUGGCGGCAUCGGUGGAAUCCUCCGAAACAGAAGAGGUGAGUGGAAAGGGGGUUUUACGGCUAAUGUUAGUCCAAAUUGUGCGAUGUCAGUGGAAGUCAUGGCAAUUGCUAGAGGCAUUGAGUGGGCUUGGGAAAAGGGUGUUAAGGAACUUGAGGUUCAGACAGACGCGAGUGAAGUUAUAAAGUGGAUGGCCGACUACACUUCUCUUAGGGGCCCUAAUCGUGAUAUCAUUGAUGAGAUAAAGCAUACCUGGCAAAGAAAGUUUACAAGGCUUGAGUUCAAAAACAUCUUUCGAGAGCAAAACUUUGCGGCUGAUUGCCUUGCUACAAUUGAAACCUUUCAGGAGGCAAAUUGGAUAGACCACGAGGACCCUCCGCCUGGGAUGGAUGACAUCAUUGCUAAUGACAUGAUGGGUGCUACCAGAGUUCGUAGAGUGCACCUGAGUUACGCCGCCGGAGAUCAAAUUCUCGCCGCCAUCAUUCAAAACCGGCCGGUCGACGCCAGCCUCCUCCUCCCCUCACCCAAUCGUCCCGUGUGGACUACCGACACAGUCUCCGAGGUCCUACGCUCCAUUCCCAGAUUCCUCUUCCGGUCACCCAGAUCCAUCGGCCGGCAGAGUGGCUUCCGCCAUCGCUCCCCUUUGAGACAGAGAAAUCUCAGAGAAGAAUCCGACAAGGCUCGCACCGGAAAGCUCCUCCUCGGCCCGGCUGCUUACAGAGACCCCGAAAAAGUGAAGCUUGGUCUGGAAAAAGCGUUGGAAUUCUUCGAUUGGGUCGAGACCCAUUCCGGGUUCACCCACGAUGAGCUCACUUGCAGAGAGAUGGCCAUCGUUCUGGCCAAAGGAAGCGGAUUGCUGAAACCCCUUCUGUUCUUCCUCAAGAGAAUGUCGAAGAGAGGGCUGGUCACCACACCCACCAUAACCUGUUUGAUAAAAGUCCUAGGAGAAGAAGGGCUAGCAAAUGAAGCCCUUUUCACCUUUUACCGAAUGAAACAGUUCCACUGCAGACCAGACGUCCACUGCUACAAUACUCUCAUCUACGCUCUCUGCAGAGUUGGGAAAUUCGAAAAGGCCAAGUCUUUGCUCCAGCAAAUGGAGCUGCCCGGGUUUCGCUGCCCGCCGGAUAAAUUCACCUACACGGUUCUCAUCAGCUCUCACUGCAGGCAUGCCAUGGAAACCGGAUGCAGGAAAGCGAUAAGGAGGAGAAUGUGGGAAGCGAACCACCUGUUUCGUCUCAUGCUGUUCAAGGGCUUCGCCCCUGACGUCGUGACCUACAACAGCCUCAUAAACGGCUGCUGCAAGACCUUCCGGAUCGAUAGGGCAUUGGAGCUGCUGAGGGACAUGGAGAAGAGGGGCUGCGACCCAAACCGCGUCACGUACGGUUCCCUCAUCAGGUAUUACAGCGCGGUGAACGAGAUCGAGAAGGGGGUGGAGAUGAUGAGGAGGAUGGUGGCAAGGGGCCACGGCGUGGCCACAAACAGCUGCUACACGCCGCUGAUUCACGGCCUGUGUGAGGCAGGAAGGGCGGUGGAGGCAUGGGAUUUGGUGGUGGAGUCGGUCAAAGGCGGGUCAAUCCCAAGAGAGCACACAUACAGUAUGGUCAUCAAGGGGUUGGAAGCAGCAGGGGAAAUGAAGCAUUUCUUGGAUGGUGGUGAAGUGUGUUCCAGGAUUGAAGAAGGCAUUUUCUGCAGAAGUAAGGAAGCAGAGAAACACAAGCCUUUCUUUGCCCGGAAAAAUGCCUUGUUCUAACCUUUCUUGUUUUCCUCUCAAUCCAAAAAAGAAGAAAAAAAAUCUUUAUUCCCUCUACCAAAAAUCUAUAACCAAACUAAACAACAUUUUAAAUAGGGAGGGAGGAAUGGAGUUAUAUUCAUUCACUACAAUGGUGCAAUUGGAGUGUGGUAGUUGGAUUGAGUUCCCUCUUUUUGGAUAAAAUUUUAGUGUGGUA